AUGUUCCAUGUCGCGCUUCUUUUGCAAGGGGACACUGCACUGUCGUUCAAAAGACGCUACAACGUUCGACGAUCUCGGUCGCAUUCUUCGCUCCCGUCUCUGGAAUCAGGUUUGCCGCUUCAGCUUCGGGCUGGUUUCGGAUGGCGGUCGAGAGAAUUCUCAAAGAUGAAGCGAGCGAGGAGAAAGGGGAACGCGCCAGAAUGGCCUCCUUCGUUGGAGCCAUGGCUAUAGCGGACCUGGUGAAAACCACGUUGGGGCCGAAGGGAAUGGAUAAAAUUCUGCAAUCAACUGGUAGAGGGCACCAAGUUACUGUCACUAAUGAUGGUGCGACGAUCCUAAAAUCUCUUCACAUAGACAAUCCAGCUGCUAAAGUAUUAGUCGAUAUCUCCAAAGUGCAAGAUGAUGAAGUGGGUGAUGGGACAACUUCAGUCGUUGUUCUGGCUGGGGAACUUUUGAGGGAGGCAGAAAAACUGGUUGCAGCCAAGAUCCAUCCCAUGACAAUAAUAUCUGGCUUUCGGAUGGCGGCUGAAUGUGCUCGUAGUGCUUUGUUGCAAAAGGUGAUGGAUAAUAAAGAGGAUGCAGAGAAAUUUACGUCAGACUUGAUGAAAAUUGCAAUGACUACUUUGAGUUCCAAAAUUCUGUCACAAGACAAGGAACAUUUUGCUAAGUUGGCUGUGGAUGCCGUUAUGAGGUUAAAGGGUAGUACCAACCUCGAAGCUAUACAGAUAAUCAAGAAACCAGGAGGAUCUUUAAAGGAUUCUUUUCUGGAUGAAGGAUUUAUCCUCGACAAGAAAAUAGGUAUUGGACAACCAAAGCGCAUAGAGAAUGCUAAGAUUUUGGUGGCAAAUACUGCAAUGGACACUGAUAAAGUAAAGAUCUACGGGGCUCGUGUUCGUGUCGAUUCUAUGUCUAGGGUUGCUGAGAUUGAGGGGGCUGAGAAAGAGAAGAUGAGGGAAAAGGUGCAGAAGAUCAUAGCACAUGGGAUUAACUGCUUUGUCAACAGACAGUUGAUAUACAAUUUUCCAGAGGAGCUGUUUGCAGAUGCUGGAAUACUUGCAAUUGAGCAUGCUGAUUUUGAUGGUAUUGAGCGCCUGGCCUUGGUGACCGGUGGUGAGAUUGCAUCAACAUUUGACAAUCCAGAGUCAGUUAAGCUUGGACACUGCAAGCUCAUUGAGGAAAUUAUGAUUGGCAAGGACAAGCUGAUUCACUUUUCUGGUGUUGAAAUGGGUCAGGCAUGUACAAUCGUAUUGCGAGGUGCAAGCCAUCAUGUGCUGGAUGAGGCUGAGAGAUCUUUGCAUGAUGCCUUGUGCGUACUAUCUCAGACAAUAAAUGAUAGUAGGGUUAUACUUGGAGGGGGAUGGCCUGAGAUGGUCAUGGCAAAGGAGGUCGAUGAGCUGGCUCAUAAGACUCCUGGGAAGAAGUCCCAUGCUAUUGAAGCUUUUUCGAGGGCACUUUUGGCCAUUCCAACAAUCAUUGCAGAUAAUGCCGGGCUGGAUAGUGCUGAGCUGAUUUCUCAGCUUCGUGCAGAGCACCACAAGGAAGGAUGCACUGCAGGGAUUGAUGUCAUCUUCGGUUCUGUGGGAGAUAUGGUGGAACUGGGGAUCUCUGAGUCAUUUAAAGUAAAGCAGGCCAUACUGCUCUCUGCAACUGAGGCCACUGAGAUGAUUUUGAGGGUUGAUGAAAUCAUUACUUGUGCUCCACGUAAGAGAGAAGAUAGAAUGUGAAGAUGAGUGAAGUUUGUUCGAGAAUCUCUACUAUGUGGCUUAGUUAAUUUCAGUGAUCUUGUGCUGCAUCAACGUGAUAAAGGGCCGAAAAGAAAGAGAUGGCUCACAAUGUCUCUCACUGUGAAGGGGCAGUUGUCCAGUUCGGUGGUAUGAAGUCGCGACGCGUGGCUUUGCUUUUUGCGAUAUCUCAUUCUGUUUAUCUGGAUGUAGGAGAUAGGAGUCGGUUGUUUCAACGAAUUCCAGGCUCUCCUUACGUGGUUUGGGAGCCUACCCAUGAGAAGUGUUUCACUGUAAGAUCAGUUUUGUGUGGUUUGGAGUUUGCCUUUACAAAAA